CUGCUGCCUGAGGAGACAUGGCUGUUUCCACUUUGCGAACGAGAGCAUAAUGAGCCCUGCUCAUCGCCCCGGAUGAUACGAAAGGUACUUCCAUAGCUGACAAUUAGUCCAUGUGCUGCCAACAGUAUCGGAAAUGGUGGCAGGUGGCAAACAACUUGCACAGUGUCCAGAAAAGGAACGCCUAGAGCUGUGGCUGAACGUUGAACCACACCGUAACAUGCCUCCUCCCUCUUCAACGUCUGCGGAGGCUGCAACAGCCCACUCGUUUAACAAGGUCCUCAACCAGUAUAAAUCCUCUUCACGUUCACGUACUACCGCCGAGGUUGAAGAAUCAGUGAAGAAACUCAGGCGGCUGAUACUCGUCGAUGGAAUUCCUUCGGCAGCCGAUCCUACGCUACGACCAAGAAUAUGGAAGAUACUGCUACGUGUCCAGAAUAUUUCAUCGGAUAUGUUUUUGGAGUACGUCGCGAGAGGGCCUUGUGAAGUAAGGGAGAAGAUCAGAAAUGAUACCUUUCGAACAUUAGCCACAGACCGCGGUUUUAAAGAACGCGUUCGCGAAGACAUGCUUGUCCGAUUGCUUGAUGCAUUCGUAUGGCGAAACCAUGAUAGACAAGAAACAGACCACCUUGGCUUCACUUACGUUCAAGGAAUGAACGUUCUCGCUGCGCCAUUUCUAUAUACAAUGCCUUCGGAGCUAGAAGCCUUCUUCUGCUUCGCAAAAUUUAUCGAAGAGUCAUGUCCAUUAUACGUCCAACCUACUCUAGAGGGUGUCCACCGUGGUCUCAAGCUCCUCGACAGAUGUUUGAAGAUAGUUGAUCCAGACCUUUUUGCACAUUUACGGUCGAAGAACCUUUCUGCGGAAAUCUACGCGUUUCCAUCUGUUCUUACGUUGUGCGCAUGCACCCCACCUUUGGACCAAGUCCUCCUACUCUGGGACUUCCUACUCGCCUUUGGCGUACACUUGAAUGUCUUAUGUGUCGUCGCUCAGCUGCUUCUCAUGAGAGACAAGCUCAUGGAAUCUUCGAGUCCAAUGCGACAUUUGCGCUCCUUCCCUCCACUAGACGCACAGCCAGUCAUCGGCAUUGCCGUCACGCUCGUUCGAGACCUCCCUGUCGACCUCUAUGACGAGCUCGUCCGCCAUCCAUACGCGGUCCAAGACCACUAGUUUCGUUCUCAUACCCACCGCAGUCGAUCUCGUUGUUAUUCCCCCUGGUUUUGUUCUGCUUUCGUCGUUGUCCAUGCUCUUCAAAAUUUGCUGUAUCGCUCACCUCGUCCCCUUAUCUGUAUUCUCACGCAUACCACGAUAUCCCAUGCAUCUACCGGCUACAGUAAUUUAUAAUGUCCCUCGUCUCUUAUCUUGUCCAUGUUGUACCCGAUUGAUUCGGGAUUAGUCUAGUCUAUGAUACUAUGUAUACAGAAUGUCCGCAGAAUGAUGAUUGAAAGGG